AUGUAUCCCUCCAGCCUGGCACUCCGUCAGAUACAAGCACAGCUACCCUCCAAUGUCACUGCUGUUGUGCCCUCGCCAUACAUGGACACUGAGAGAAAGCGCAAGACACUCUCUCUUGCCAAUUUGCAGAACUACUACUACAGUUGCUGUAGUGAUGGGAGCAUUGCUGUGUGGGACCUACACAACAAGACCCAGGUGCGGCAGUUCCAGGGGCACACGGACGGAGCCAGCUGUAUCGACAUCUCACCUGAUGGCACUAAACUAUGGACAGGGAGUCUUGACAACACUGUGCGCUGCUGGGACCUCAGAGAGAAUCGUCAGGUGCACCAGUACGACUUCAACUCUCAGAUCUUCUCCCUUGGUUACUGUCCUUCACCCAGAGAAUGGCUAGCAGUGGGAAUGGAGAGCAGCAAUGUGGAGGUGCUCCACGUGAUGGGCCCUGAGAAGUACCAGCUGCACCUGCAUGACUCGUGUGUGCUCUCACUCAAAUUUGCCCACACUGGAAAGUGGUUCAUCACGACUGGCAAAGACAACCUGCUCAAUGCUUGGAGAACACCAUACGGGGCGAGCAUAUUCCAGAUGAGUGAGUCCAGUUCUGUGCUGAGUUGUGAUAUCUCUCGAGAUGACAAGGUCAUAGUCACUGGCUCGGGAGACAAGAAAGCCACCGUUUAUGACAUCCUUUUUUAGGUUCCUGAUCUACUAAAUUCUUUCUUCUCCUAUAUAUCAAUGAACGCUCCUAUAGUGCUAGUGACUGUAGGGUGGUAGACUGUUAGUGUGUCCAUGUUUCUGCUACCCUGUACAUGUUUGUUAGCUCCUCAUGCACUCUGUAUCCCUCUCAUCAUCUUCUGUUCUAAUGUUUAUUAUGACUAUUAUUAUCAAC